GCAGCUUCCUGCUCCUGUGGCUCGUCUCGCUAGCUCCCUGCAGGAGGGGAAAGCGCCGCCGCCGCUUCUCUCCGGCAUGUCCGCGCUCCCGUAGCCGCCGUCGCGCAGCCCCCUGUACUCAGCGGACCCUCGUAGAGACCCCAGACCCCGCGCGGUUUCGGCUGGGUGCGCGCGCAGCGCUGCGCUCCGGGCGCCAUGCCGCGGUGGCCGUGGCCGGAGCCGCUGUCCGCCGCGCAGCUCCGGCGGCUGGAGGAGCACAAGUACAGCGCGGCCGGCCGCUCUCUGUUCGAGCCGCCCUGCCAGAUCUACUGGAACUGGCUGGUCCAGCAGGUGCCCCUGUGGGUGGCGCCCAACACGCUCACCAUCACCGGACUCGUCAUCAACAUCAUCACGACGGUGAUCCUGGUGUACUACUGCCCCACCGGCACCGAGGAGGCUCCAGCAUGGGCCUUUAUUCUCAGCGCCUUAGGCCUCUUCAUCUAUCAAUCACUGGAUGCCAUCGAUGGGAAACAAGCCCGGAGAACCAACAGCAGCUCUGCACUGGGAGAGCUCUUCGACCAUGGCUGUGAUGCUGUUUCUACAGUGUUUGUUGCUGUAGGAACAUGUAUAUGCGCAGGAAUUGGUGAACACCCAAACUGGAUGUUCUUUUGCGGCUUUGUGGGCAUGUUCAUGUUCUUCUGUGCCCACUGGCAGACGUAUGUGUCUGGAACACUACGCUUUGGCAUUGUUGAUGUGACGGAGGUCCAGAUUGCCAUUAUAAUCAUGUAUGUGAUGACAGCCUUUGGAGGAGUGAGUCUUUGGCAGACCACGUUGCCUGUGCUCGGCAUAAAGAUGCAGACCUUGCCAAUUCUGGGCAUCAUCGGAGGAUUCCUGCUUUCAACCUUCAACUACUUCUCUGUCAUCCUGAGCGGUGGAGUGGGCAAAAACGGCUCCACUGUGGCAGGCACCAGUGUGUUGUCACCUGGUCUACACAUUGGCCUUAUCCUCACGUUGGCCUUCAUGAUAUUUAAGAAGUCCUCAAGCCAGCUGUUUGAGCACCACCCAUGCCUCUACAUCCUCACCUUCGGCAUAGUCAUUGCCAAGAUCUCCAACAAGUUGGUGGUGGCCCACAUGACCAAGAGUGAACUUCAGCUGCAUGACACAGCCUUCAUUGGUCCUGGACUGCUCUUCCUCAAUCAGUACUGCAACAGCUUUAUUAAUGAACAUGUUGUCCUCUGGAUUGCAUUGGUCCUGUCACUAUUGGACCUGACGCGGUACUGCACAGGUGUGUGCCUACAGAUUGCCUCCCACCUGCGCAUCCGGGUCUUCAGCAUCACCCAGCAGGGCCACGCUCAUAAAGACUGACAAUUUGCCCGGCGGGAGGAGGAAGAGGGACCAUCUGAAGAUGUUACCCCACUUCUGGAACCAGAGCAGGAGAGCCAAAACCACAGCAGCCUUGACGGUGUGAAGACCAUAGACUGAAUGACCUGAACUGAAUCCUAGUUACACUCGAUCAGCUUUAAGUGGACUCGCCUCUGUCACACUGGAAAAGAACUAAAAACACUUACAUAACUGGAUAUUAUAAAACGUGAUCUUACUAAGGUGUUUUAAUGCUUAGCAUUUUUUUUUAAUCGAACAAUCUCUCAGAAUUUGAAUUUGAAAAAUACGUUUUAGAAAGAAUUUUAAGGGUAAUUUUAAAAACGACGAGCUAACAAACACUCAUUAUUAACAUGAUGCCAUUUUUUCCACCUGUUGUAUAACAGUGUUGAUUUCUAGAGCAUGGUAUUGCGAUUAAGCUAAAAAGUCCAAAGUGUUUUAAAGCUCCAAUUUUAUAAUGUAAAGAUCACAGUAGUCAUGAGGGUGAAAAAAGCUACUGUUGCAUUUGGGUGGAUAUCAUAAGGUGCCUGGUGUAAAACACCCUACCUGCCACUACAUUUGCUAUAUUUUGUAGUGUUUCCAUCAUUGUCUUACACGCAUAUUUUCUUUAAUGCAGCAUUUGUAUGCAUUUUAUACCCAAACGGCAUAAGAGAAAAUAGAAGGUUUUCUAACAUUCUGUAGCAGUGGUGCUGUCCAUUUUGUACUUCCAGAAUUGAUUAGUUCUCUAGAAUCUACGUCCCUCUCAAAAGCAACAGUAGCUUUGAGGAAAAAAAAAAAGAAAUUCAUCUGAUUCCAGUGAGUGAUUACAGCGUUUGUAUUUACGUAUUCUAACAAUUUGUCUGGAUUUGGUGUGUAAUUGAGUCAGGUCUUGGACAAAAGAGUCAUUUUUGGUUGUAAUUGUCAGGGACUGUGGGAAAUGGCACCAGGAUUGUGUGUUUGUGCUAAACAAAAAACAGUGAGGACCCUCGUUUUGAGGAACACCCUUCCUUACCAUCCGAAAUGUUUGUAUGUGCUGUUCGUAUCUCCAGUUCCUUACGCGCUGAACUCUUCAGAGUUCAGAGGAGCAGGGCGCCGAGUUCUGCUUUGAAGAGCUGGAGGGAUGGACGAAGAACAUUCAGGGUGCUCCUGUGCCUGUUUGAUGAUGCACUAACUCUCACAACACUGCCUGCUUUCAAUAUCUCCUCCCAAAGGGCUAAUCUACAAAAUAAAUUUUAUGUGAUUUUAUGUGUAAUUGAA